AUGCUUGGCAAGGGCAGAUUGAAGGAUGAGAUCCAGCGCCUGAAGGAUCUCUACAAAGGCCACGCGGAUCCGAUCGACAAAGCCAUCAUCGACAAGCACAAGGAGAUCGGACAUACAUUCCUCGACCUCAAGAUGCUCUACGAUCAAGAAAGCUGCCUCCAGAUGAUCGACAUCACGACCAAAGACGAGACGGACGAUGCACUCGACACCCCCGACCUCAUCCAACAGAUGACCCAGCGUGGUGACUACCCCAAGCAGCCAUAUCUCGAGACGGCAGACGGCGAGUCUGCAAUCCAAUCCGACUACGCCCGCUUUUACCCGCCGGACACGAUCAAGAAGGGGAACUCAAGCAUGGCGCUGCUCAAGGUUGUCUACCAACAGAGGGAGAUGAUGGGCAAAUCUGUGGCCAUUACCGUUCAAAAGCGAUACCCCAAAGCCGACCUGACAAAGUGGCCUCUGAACACGGACGGGCUAACAACCGACCGAGACUUCAUCGAGAUUUGGGUUGCAGACAACGGAACAGACGGUGCCUCUCAGAUCCCUCCUCUCAAAAAGCAGGACAAGGGCAAGAAGUAG